GUUAACGGGCUUAUAGAUCUUGUGAUGCUAAUAAUGGCCAUUAUUUGAACCCCAUGGCAUGGAUCCGAUUACCGACCCGAAACAACCCGCUCAGUUCGUUCCUCAAUCUCCUCAAUUACCAGAGCUCACACCCUCCUAAAACCAUAACAAUGGCAGUUUGCCAAUCUAAUUCCAAGCGACCUACUUGCCCAUCUUGCUCCAAACCAUACCGUCUCUGCCUCUGCACUCGGAUCCAAAACCCGGGUCUUGAUAACAAGGUAAGUGUAACCGUUCUUCAACACAGUUUAGAAAGAAAACACCCUCUUAAUUCUGUUAGGAUAGCAAAACUAGGGCUUAGAAAUGUCAAUGUCGUUACAGUUUCCGAUGUUAAUUUCGAUGCCAGUUUCAUUAUCCGGUUAUUGGAAUCGAAUUCGGGUGGAUGGGAAAGUUUGAAUCUUGAUGGAGUUUUGGAUAGAAAAGAAAAUCAGAAAAGAAAAAUUGAGGACAUUGAUGGUUCCUGUUCAGUUGCAGUAAAUAUGGGAAAAGGAUAUUCUGAUGAAGAACCAGUCAUCUUUGCUACUAUUGGCAAAUGUGGAGAAAUGAAUGAGCUUGAAAGUAUAUGGAAAUGGAAGCCUCAAGUCCAUCCACAAGAAAAUUCAAACUUUGAUCAAAUUUUAGCCUCUAAAGGAGCUAUUAACGAUUUGGAAAAAGGGUUUAUUGUAAAAAAGUUGCAGAGAAAGCAAUCAAAUGGUAGCAGCACAGAUAUGGAAGAAUAUGAGGAAUUUGAGCUUGUAAUUCCUUCUGGAUCAGUACUUCUAUUUCCUAGCGAAAAAGCAGUGGGAGUUGAUGAGCUAUUACAAGAAAUGAACAUUGGGGUAAAGAAUUUAAUUGUUUUAGAUGGGACAUGGGCAAAGGCAAAGAGGAUGUAUAUGGAAAAUCCAUGGUUAAGGAUUUUGCCACAUUUGAAGUUGAAUUUGGAUAAACUGAGCUUGUAUAGUGAGGUUAGGAGUCAGCCAAAAGCUGGUUGUUUGUCUAGCAUUGAAAGCAUUGUUUAUGCUUUGAAGGCAGUUGGGGAUAAUCCUGAAGGUUUGGAUAGUCUUUUGGAUGUUUUCGAGUCCAUGGUAGGAGAUCAGAGGCGGUGCAAAGAUGAGAGAUUGAGGAAAGAACAUGUUAUUUAAUUACAAUUUUACCCUUUACUAGUUACUAC